GAUCGCAGUUUACAAGGACCUCAGCGGCACUUUGACGUUGCCUUCCUCUUUCCCAGAACUAUCAAUGGCAGGAUACCAGCUCUGGUCACCAUGGACCCCACUGGAUGAGAGCUUCCAAUGGCUGCGGCACACAACACCUACACCUUCUUCCAAGCACCCCUUUAGGGCUUCCCCCUGCUUCCCACACACCCCUUCUGACCUUGAAGUGCAGCUGUGCUUUCAAGAAGUCACUCUAGUCCUAGACAGCCCUUUGCUGGAAACUGGGGUGAGUCCCAAGUUACCCUGCCACACAUCAGAGCUCCGAACCAUAAACAACAAGAAAGGGCUGGUCAGGAAGCCCCAGCCUGUCCGUCUCAGUGGAGUGGAUUCAGUCUUUGGCAGGGUCAUCACGGCUCAGCCUCCAAAGUGGACUGGGACCUUCAGAGUUUCAGACAAGUCAGCCUUUUGCAAAAUCAUCAGCCGGGAGCACCAGUGGCCCACUGGACUUAAGGAACCUCAGAUUCAGAUGACAGUGACCAUGUGCAAACAGAUGCUGCGCUCUAUCCUCUUGCUGUAUGCAACGUACAAGAAGUGUACCUUUGCCUUGCAACACUCCAAGUAAAGGGUCCCCAUCUGAUUCCCGUUCCUUACACCAUGCCCUUUGCUAUCUGCCUGAAGCUUGCAGAAACCCAUCGAUGUAAAGGAAACUGACAUU